AUGUCUUGCGUAGCCCCAGGAAUAUUUAUAGAUUGCCAUAUGCUGGUUGCACAGCCCGAGAAAUGGGUGAACGACAUCGCGGAUGCAGGAGGCUCGCUAUAUUGUUUCCAUAUCGAAGCCACGUCUCUCAUCAAAGCUAUACAUGCGCGGAACAUGAAAGCUGGGGUGGCCAUGUCUCCGGACACGCCAUCCACAGCCAUCACGGAUGAAAUAGGCGCAGUAGCGGACAUGCUCUUGGUUAUGACUGUUUACCCUGGUGCAUCAUAA